AUGUCUCCAAUUCAGCUUUUAUCUGUAAUUCAAACAGCAUCAUUUUUGAACAAUCGCUAUUUAAGGUCAUAUUGGUCUCUUUUCAAAAAGAUUUUUGAAGAAUAUCGUCCAAAUCAAGUAGAAAAUAUAAAUCCUCUUUUUGAUUACUUUAUUUACAAAGAAUAUGGGAUUAUUUUAAUUGAAAAUCAUAAAAAAUCAAUCAAUGAUUUUGAAUUAAAAAAUCUUUCUUUAGAAGUUUAUCAAGAAAACACUAUUUAUAAUGCAAUUAUGAAUAAUGACAUAAAAUCAUUAAUACUAUUCACAGAAGAUGAAAACUUUGAUAAAGACCAAGUGCUGGAAAGCGAUUAUUUUCCUGAUACAUUAGAAAAAUAUAUAAAUGACAAAUCCAAUAUAAUUGAUGACUUCUUUGAACCAUGGAUAUAUUUCCAAUAUACAUUACUUGAUAUAUGCUGUUAUUAUGGGGCCGUUGAUUGUUUUAAGCUGUUAAGAUCUAAAUUUAACUCAGAAAUCACAGAGACUUGUCUUCAUUUUUCAUUUUUGAGUGGGAAUCCAGAUAUCAUGAAUGAAUGUUUGAAAUAUCAAAAACCAGAUGAAACAUGCAUGGAAUAUGCCAUUAUGUCUCAUAAUAUUGAUUUUAUUACGUAUUUAAUGAAUGGUUACAACUUGAAAAUUGAUUUAAAUCAAUGUUGUAAAUAUAAUAAUUAUGAAGCAUUCUUUGUUUAUUUGGAUCAAACAAAUGAUAUUAACUCUUGUUUUAUUUAUUCGAUAGUAUAUAAUAUUCCAAUUCUUUUUAGAUAUUUUCUAUCACACGGAGCAAAUGUUAAUGUUACAUAUUUAGAUAAUCCUCUUAUUAUUUAUACAGUGAUGAAAAAUUAUAAAGAAUUCGCAGAAUUACUUGUUGCUCAUGGUGCUUAUGUCAAUGCAAAAAAUAUUGAUAAUAGAACUGCACUUCAUUAUGCAGCAAAGAAUAAUAAUAAGGAACUUGCAGAAAUUCUUAUAUUAAAUGGCACUAAAGUUAAUGAGAGAGAUAAAGAUGGAGAGACACCACUGCAUUGGGCGGCAGAAAACAAUAGUAAAGAAACAGCAGAAUUCCUCAUUUCAUGUGAUGCAGAUGUGAAUAUGAAAGAUAAUUAUCAAAGGACAGCUCUUCAUCUUGCAGCAAGAAAUAAUUGUAAGGAGAUGACUGUGCUUCUUAUUAUUCAUGGUGCUGAAAUUAAUGCAAAAAAUGAGUUAGGUAGGACACCUCUACAUUAUACUGCAGAAAAUAACAGCAAAGAAACAGCAGAAAUCCUUAUUUCACAUAGAGCGGAUAUUAAUUUGAAGGAUAUAAAUGGAUGGACUGUGCUUCAUCAUGCUGUAUAUUAUAUGAGUCAAGAAACAAUUGAAGUUUUAGUUUCGCAUGGAAUAAAUAUCAAUGCUAAAAGUGCAGCAGGACUAACUGCACUUAUUAUUGCGAAAAACUGUGGCUUUAAUUUUUUAGUGACUUUCCUUAAAUCGAAUGGUGCAAAGUAA